ACCUCCCGGCCCCGUCCGCUCCGCGCCCCGCGGCGCUCGGGCGCUGCCGCCCCCUGCAGAGCCCCCGCGAGCCCGGGGGGUCCGUGCCGGUCAGCGGAGCGUCUGCGUGUGCUGGUGUCGGACUGGAGCUGGGAUUUUUUGGUUCUUCCAUACAGGUGUGGAAAAAUGGCAAAGAGAAUUGCAGAAAAGGAGCUGACUGACCGAAACUGGGACCAGGAGGAUGAAGCUGAAGAGGUGGGAACAUUCUCUGUGGCAAGUGAAGAGGUCCUGAAGAACAGAGCUAUUAAAAAAGCAAAGCGCCGAAACGUUGGGUCAGAGUCUGAAAGUGGAGGAGCUUUUAAGGGGUUUAAAGGCUUUGUAUUGCCUUCUGGAAAAGGAGGAGGUGGCUUCAGUGGAUUUGGGAAUGGUGCAGGAAUCAAGCCUUUGGAAGGGCUGUCCAAUGGAAGCAGUAGUGUCUCCAGUACUCCUCCUUUCAGCAGUUUGAAGAGCACCUCUGAAACACAAUCAGCAUUUGCAUCCCCAGUGUCAAAUGGUCCCAGUGGUGCCAUGUUUGCUGAGAAGAAGGCUGCGAGCCCGGCCGCCAACGGCGGCAGCCAGCCCUGCUCCUCCUCGGGCAGCGCCCUGAGCGCGGCUCCGGCGCGCGGCUCCGGCGCCUACCACAAGCAGCUGGCUGCCCUCAACUGCUCCGUGCGGGACUGGAUCGUGAAGCACGUGAACAGCAACCCCCUGUGCGACCUGAGCCCCAUCUUCAGGGACUACGAGCGCUAUCUGGCCAGCAUUGAGCAGCAGCACGGAGGCAGCAGCGACAGCGGCUCCGAGAACGAAAGCAGCAAGACCCCGGCCCCGCAGGCUGCUCCUGUGUUUGGGGGUUCAAAGCUCCAGCAGGGCUCCACGUUUCUGUUUAACAGCAAAACUGAGGAGACCUCAGACAAAAAAGCUGAAGCCGCGUCAGAAAAAAGAGACCCGUUGUUAGGAGCUACGUCAACUGUCUCGUUUAAUUUUGGCAAGAGUGUUGACAGUUCUGUUUUGUGUUCCCUUGGUUCAGGAACGCUUAGUAGUUUCUCAUUUUCUCCUGGGAAUUCAGGUUUGUUUGGAAAAGAUGCAAACCAGGCCAAAUCUGUCACUGCAGCAUCCACCAGUUUAUCAGAAGCUCAAACAGACAGUGGCAAUACUGAUGACAAAGGAGGGGAAGAGGAGGAAGAAGAGCCACCAAAAGUCAUUGUUAAUGAAAUAAAAGAAGAUGAUGCUUUCUACUCAAAGAAGUGCAAAUUGUUCUACAAAAAGGACAAUGAAUUUAAAGAAAAAGGUGUAGGAACAUUACAUUUAAAACCAGCAGGAAAUGAAAAAACUCAACUCUUAGUACGAGCAGAUACCAAUUUAGGAAAUAUUCUGUUGAAUGUUCUAAUUCCACCUAAGAUGCCAUGUUCAAGAACCGGAAAAAACAAUGUUCUCAUAGUUUGUGUUCCUAACCCACCCAUCGAUGAGAAGAAUCCAGCUGUUCCUGUCACUAUGCUAAUAAGAGUGAAAACAAGUGAGGAUGCAGAUGAGUUGCACAAAAUCUUACUGGAGAAAAAGGAGGUUUAAAUAAGUUGCAGUCCAUAAAUUGAGGAAUUAUUGCCAAACUGCUGCUGCUGUUUUUUUCUUCCAUAACUUCAUUUGAACAUUUAAUUCUUUACUCUGAUAUUAAGAACUGUUAUAGGAAUUCUGGAAAAAUGAUGUGAGGAAAAGCUAAACUAGCUAAUAAAAGCUUUAAUAGAACACAAGUGUUGGACUGUGCUCCCUCAUUUUCAGUAUCUAAAUGCAGGACCUCUUCUGGAUAAAGCACAUGGAUGUCAAUCCAAGCAUCUGUUUUUAGCACCAGUCGACCAAAUGGACAGAAAUCUGGGUACAAAAACAUGGUACCAGAGCUUCCUUACAGACUGUAAUACAAUGCAAGCACCUCCUGUUUUGGGAAGGGAGGAUGGUCAAGCUUACCUGUUGCAACUGUUUCUAGACCACAGCUUUUUAAUUGGUCUGUUGUAUUCUGGUGAGACUGACUUUUUAGACUCAGUGACAGCACUGCUCCCCACCAGUGCUGAUCUCCAUCGUGCUGGGUCUGUGCUCUUGCAGACCUGUGUGCUUUCAGGACUCAGAGACUGCAGAUAUUUAAAAGAGAAUUUGCUUGUGUAGUCUUGUUGACAGUAGUGUUUCCUGCAGAGGAACUGUCAGUUCUGUUCUCACUGUAGCAACAAGCCAAUGAUGUGCAAUAUAGACAAGCAGACAACUGGAAGUUUUACCUUGGACACACUGGCACCCCCUGGCUUCUGACAGGUCAGAAGCAGAGGGUUGCACUUCCACAUGCUCCUUGCAAGGUGUUUGUCCCUAGUUCCAAAAUCCAGCUGAGGCAGAGCUGGACAUGCUGCAUUGCUCCUGCUGCUGGUACUUUGCUGAAGAGAGCUCAAACUUCAGGACUUUCUGUUGCCCUUGCCAGGAGACACAUGCACAAGGGUGUGUGUCAGUGUGUAUUUAUCCAUGUGAUAAAAAUGCUGUGCUGCACUGCAUUAAGCAAAGCAGCAGAGUGCAGAAGCUUUCUGUUGCAUGUGGGGAGCAUGGGGUACUUUGUAAACUUAGUUUUCAGCUGUGAUAAAAUUAACCAGGUGGCAAUAAUUUGGAGAUCAGAACAUUCAUUCUGGUCUUGGUUUUGCUCUCAACUUUGUCAGACCAUGUUUGGUAGUUUAAUAAUUUUCUUUUUUUCAAAUGUUUGCUGGAAACUCCUUCCCUAGUAACUUUUUCUACUUUGCUUCCAACUCUGGGACUUCUCCAAGAGCUUGAUGAUAAUAUGAAACUUGAACUGCUCUCAGAUGUGUCACACUGACCAGCUCUGGGAAAAUGGAACAAACAUGCUGUUUUGCCUCUGGCUAAUGUGAUACAGAGGAAAAACACCUUUCCUUAAAAAAAAAAAAGUCAGUGUGACACAAUUCAUACAGGGGACCUG